ACUAGCUUGAAGCUAACUACAUUAUACGAAUCGCUGUGCUCGAACUGCUCUGCUGUUAAAACUAAGUUGUUUGUUUUAAAGUGCUGACAUUUGCCUUGUUGGUAAAGAAUUGGUCUUUCAAACAGAGUGAUUCUCCUGGUCAGAUCUGUGUGUGUGUCACCUUGGCUGUGGUCCUCAGUCUCUCUGGGUGUGGGUGAUAACUGGCUCUGUGCCAGUCCUCUGUAGAUGAAGAUGUCCCUGGCCCAGCGAGUGCUCCUCUCCUGGAUCUUCGCCCUGAUCUUCCUUAUCAUGCUGGUCCUGAAGCUGGACUCUAAGGUCCACUGGAACUGGUUUCUCAUCUUCCUCCCUGUGUGGACCUUUGACACCAUCCUCAUCCUCAUGUUGAUAGUGAAGAUGGCAGGGCGCUGCAAGCCGGACUUUGACCCCAGGGAUGGUGAGCAGAGCCUGAAGAGGAGGCUGUGGUACCUGACAGCCCUGCUGCUGAAGCUGGCCUUCUGUCUGACACUCUGCUCCCGCCUGGAGAGGCUCAUUGACAUGUGGGUCAGUGUGGUGUGUGUCCCUCUGUGGGUGCUGCUGGGUGGGGCACUGGUGGAGCUGGGACACAGUGUUUUUCACUACCGGAGAGACUGAACCAGAGUACUCCACAGUACGUGGUUUUGAACUGUAACAUAGGCGACAGAAAGUACCUCUCGCUUGAGAUGCACAGAUGCAAUCCACUGGAAUGGUGUCAGACUGAUGCUGACCUUUAUAAGUGGAUGGGGUAUUGGUCAGACAUGACCGACCAACUUUGAAUACAGUUUCCUUGUCGAAGUCAUUAUAAAAUCCAAUGCCUCUGCGAUAAGUUACUUUUACGUUAGAGCAAGUUGCAGACUCUGAGUUUUACAGGUUUUAAAAACAGGAAAAAUGAGCACUCAUAUCCCAUCAGGAGUCGGUAUCAGUAUCUGGAAAGAAAAAGUGGGAUCGGUGUAUUCUUUUCUUCACCUCAAUAAGACCUAAUUGUGUUUCAUUCUGUGAUGCUACUGGAUCUUCGUUAAACAGGAAGAUUUAACAUACAUCACUACACAGUUUGGCAUCUUUAGAAUAAAUCCUGGCAUCACAUUGUUUUGGCAUUCACAUUACUGCCUUGUGGCUCGUCUUUAGUCUGUAGGACAGGAUCGAAGGAAAAUUAAUUUCCAACUAUUUUGAUAAUUGAUUGUCUCAGUCAUUUUUCAACCAAAAAUGUAAAACAUUUGCUGCUUCCAGCAUCUUAAAGCUUUUCUUCGCCCUAUGGACUAAAGAAGCAAUUUAAAGACGUGGCUUUGGGUCCGUGAAAGUCUGAUGAGCUUGUUUACCUUUUUUUUUUUUUUAAUUUUAUAGGCUAAACUUUUAAUCAAUUGGUCAUGAAAAUAAUUGGCAGAUUUUUAUUUUAUAUUGGACUGUCCUAUGCUGGCAGGUGGGACAAGGUUUAAGAAAUGGAGCUAAGAAAUCUUGUGAUCCAAAAUCAGUAAUUUUCUACACUUAAUGUUGGUCUACAAUUCACGUUUUCCCUUUAUAGGAAGAGAGUGCACAUAUUAUCUCACAAAUCAGUUGUCAGUCAUGUACUAUUGUGGGAUCCUGGUGAAACUGAAACUAGCCCUGCAUUAAUAGUAUGAAAUUAUCCAGCCUGUACUAGCAUGCACUGUGUGCCACUGAGCCAUAUUGUACCCGUUUGUGAAACGUAUAGCACUAUUUGAGCAUUUCUGUAAAGCAGUUACAAUCCUCACACCUUCCAUAUGUGAUGGUACACACAUGAUGUAUUAAUACAAGUACUUGGCAGUGCCCAUCGCAGGGUGUCCCUCUGACACAGACACAAUUUGAAUGUAAAUCCCUAACUUUCUCCAACAAUAUGGAUGUGACAGAUGUGCACAGAGAUGUAUUUUCCUGUAAAAUUUGCAAUGUAAAUCCUUUGGAUGCAUUUUUUCCUGUGAUCACAUUAUAAAUAUAAACAUCUGCCAGACUCA